AUGCCACCGGACGGUGAGGGGAGGGCAAUACUGCCUAAUCUGCUAACCAAGGCAGACUUUGAAGCCCUCUCCCACCGCCUGGGCCGUGUGGUCUGGGAAGAGGUGGCCCAAUUAAGAACAGACCUGUCAAACGUGGAGGCAAGGAUGUCUGUGGCGGAGGCUGAAACCAGGGUGCUCAACACAGACCUCGAGCAAACCAACACCAUGGUUACUAAUCAAGAAGCCGACAUGGCCCACCUAACCAUGUGGGUAGAUGAUUUGGGUAACCGCGGCCGCAGGAUGAACCUGCGCAUCCGCGGAGUGAGAGGGAGGCCCAGCCGAAAAUAUCCCAGAGCUCCUGAGGCAGAUCUUCAGCCAGGUACUGGGCAACCAAAAUAUGCCCAGACUGGUCCUAGUCAGGGCCCACCAAGCACUGAGACCACCGCCUGCACCGGAGGACCAGCCCAGAGAUAUAGUGUGCUGUCUGGACAAUUUUCAAUUAAAAGAAGAAAUACUACGCACAGCAAGACGCAUAGGCACCAUCAGCCUGGAAGGCUAAACAAUAGCUAUUUACCAAGACCUCUCCCGCUACACACUGCUGGCCAGAUGUGCCCUGCGCCCAAUCACCACCGCCCUGCAACAUGCUGGCAUACAAUACCGCUGGGGCUACCCCUUCUCCCUCUCAGCCCGACAUGUCCCAGAUUACCUGGUGGUGGGGAAACCCGAUGA